AUAGAAAGUACCAUGGCUGGACGGACAAAUGGACGGACGGACAGACAGAUACCUGACAGGCGGAUGUCACAGACGAGAAACACACUGCAAAUUACAUGCCACGAAAAAAUAAGUUCCUCGGAGUAAUAUAAUAAACCAGCUCACUUCCUCUGGCAAUCGCAGAAGUGGCGGAAGUACGUCAGUUUACCAGACUCCGAGCAUUUACACUUCGCAGUGCGAUUUGUGACGAGCAAGAACAGAGAGAAGAGGAGAUGUGAAUCAUCCGCUGUCUCUUUAAAGCCACUUAACGAAGCUUUGCGUAUUCCGACAAACACGCCGACGUCUCUCCCUUCAGCCGCAGCGAGCGGGCAGCGUUCAGGAAUGGACGCGUUCAACUUACUCUCUGCUGGAUAAAGAACUCUUUUCCUGGUUGGAUACGAUUUGUUUUCGGUGGAUUGUGUGCUGAAGAAGGACCUUUGGGGGAUAUAACAGCGUUUUCAGCUUGACGCGGACCGUGUUGUCUCGGAUGGUUUCGUGGCGUCGCUUCAUGCUGAAACUUAGCGAUACAAUAAGUAUUUGUAAAUUGUUUGACAGACACGCGGAUGCUUAUUUUGUUGCUUCUGACACAGUGGGUCAUGAAACGGGUGGAAAUUAAAGCAGGGCCAGCAACAUGAAUCCAGCGCGCGGUCUGCAUUACGUGCACACACUGAUGUUGUUGUGUUCCGUUGUAACAAAGUUGCCGUGCGCUUGGAAUUCACGCUACUGUAAUUAAACAGCCAUUUUGCACCUGUUUAAAUGAAGCCAGGCGUUUCGAUCCUGUGACGUUGUGGUUUGGAUUAUACACACGCCUCAACCUGCAUGGAUCACAUUUGUUUAUCACAUUACGGAGCUUAACAUCCAAGGUCACACUGUAAAUUGUUUACAGGCUUCAGUAUCUAUGGGUGUGUUUUAUUGAUUGAGUGGAAUCAAUCGGUUUAGACGGGAUCGAGUGUCAUUUUUGUCUUUUUUGGUUUUUGCGGGGGGGCGGGGGGAGGACAUCGCAACGAUUUUAAAAUGGAAGGGAAAGUGAAGCAGAGUCGCAGAUCCCGUUCUCAGCGCGAGAGGGGACGGAAACGGGAGGCGCGCGCCGGGGAAGCCCGCGCUCGGAGCCCCUCGUCUGGUUCCGAACAGGAGCGAAGUCCUGGUAAAAACGCUCCGCCACGCUCCACAUCCUCGAACAGAACCCCGCGACCCCCCCGGAGGAAGAGACGCGAGUCUAGUUCUCAGGAGGAGGAUAUUAUUGAUGGAUUUGCUAUAGCCAGUUUCGUCAGUUUGGACCGUCUCGAGAACAAGAAUGUUUCGGAUAAACUGGAAAAGAAGAAAUGGGAGGAGAUUGUAGUUAAACGAAAGGAGGAGGCCGAGGAGAAUGUGACCCCUGACAUAGACGAGAAUAGCUUCAGCAAUCUGGCCACCAGCAUGGGGCGAGACCAGGAGCGGGUGAAAGAUCGUCUGCUGAAGAACACGUACUCCAAGAAGAGCAAACGAGUGAGUCUGUCAUCUCUUUCUGCAGGCUAAAUGAGGGAAUGUUUGAUGGACAUGAGCAGCGGCGCUCAAAACCCAUGUGGUCCUAUACAUGUUCCUGAGUGUUGACGGCUUUGACUGGUGUUGACCAGAUUAAUGUGGCCAUCGCAGUCAUUACUGAAUGCCUGCUGUUUCUGGAAGGGUCCAGUGAGGUGUGUGCGUAUGAAUGUGACAGCAGUACAUCAGCGGCUGACAGAUUACUGGUUUAGAGCUGUGGUUAAGCCACAUAGUGUGCUGUUAAUGACCAAGAAGAACAAAUAUAAAUAAAUCUCUCGCUUCCUAGAUCCAUUUUCACUCUCCCUUGUUUAGGCUUAUUUGUAGCUGGUAGAGUUGAAGCAGAGAAAAUGGGAUUAGAAAAUGUCACAAGCCAGAUUUGAACCCAAGUUGCCUUCAUGAGCACAAAAGCUUAUCUUAUGUAGUUACCUAGAUUAUUCUAUGUAUAUUUCAGCUAACAUUCUAUCUCUUUAUUUAGUGUUCCUGUAGCUCAAUUGGUAGAGCAUUGCGUUAUCAAGCGCAAGGUUGGGGGUUCGAUUCCCCGGGAACAAAAGGAAA